AUGCGCUCUCAUGCCAUCUCGCUAGAUUGGCAUCAUACACCUGAAGGUCAAGGGGUUCUCACUCAUCUGACGGACCAGACCACCGGCGAGAGAAGGAUUUAUGGUUACCUGGAACGACCGAUCUUGCCUCCCACCGUUCAAGUGGUUCAUUACAAGCUCUUUUUAAGUGGGAAGGCCGGGAUUGGCAAGAGCAGCCUAGUCUCGUUUCUCUUGGGACAGGCUCAUUGGACCUCUCACUUGGGCGAGACACCCGGGAUCAAGGUGACCAACGUGUUUUGGCCCACCAAGAUUCAAACUCAAUUGGUCUUGUUCCAUUUGUCAUUGUGGGACGCCGGUGAGACAGCCAGCAAGAAAUACAGCCACAUUCAACCGGUGUGCCAGGAGAACUCGACGGGAGUGAUUUUUGUCUUUGCUUUUAAUGAUCGGCGGAGUUUUGAGGAAUUGGAUCAACAAAUUCCCAAUCUAUCUCAGGCUCCCACUCAGAUUUGUCCAAUUGUGGUUGGUACCAAAUAUGGGAGCGUGAGUGAAAGCGAAAUCACUCAGCCGGACGUUGUUCGUUUCGAAACCCGCUGGAAACUGCCCGUUCUAAGGAUUCGGCAUCAAACUCCUCAAGCUGCUUCUACUCCUAACCAAGGCGAAGUAGCCAUUGUGCUCAACUUGAUUUGCGACCAAUUGUGGUGUCAUCAAACGACUCGCUUUGAUUCGAACCUUCCUUGA